GGUGCACAUAACCUAGAGUUUCGAUUUGUUGUCUUUUAGGAAAGUUUGUCUUUCGUUAGUAAACAGUUCAUUAAUAUUACCCCAUCGUGUAUUAUUUUUCAAAUUCUUCUAUAAAAAAAAAUAAUUGUAUCCUUAUUUUGUUUUUGAUUAAAAUUGCAUUUAAUGGAAAACAUUACCGAACAUUAAAUUUAUAAUGUCUUGUGCUGUUAGAGGAUGUGAUGCUACCAGACACAAAGGAGAAAUAGUAAAAUUUUUCAGUAUUCCGUCUCUACAUGCACCUGGAAAAAGCAUCGUACGCAAAAAAGCAAACAAUAUACUGAGAGAAAGGCAAACAUUGUGGCUUCAGGCUCUUCACUUAAACAAUAUCACAGAAGAUGAGUUAAGGUGCCUGACAGUAUGUUCAAAGCAUUUUGUGACAGGUGAACCUGCCCCUACUGGAGAGAAGGAUCACGUUGACUAUGUCCCUUGUAUAAAUAUGGAUCCUAUGAGGAGGAAUAAAAACGUGGGCCCUAUUGGAAGGAAUCAAAGUACAAGAAAACGGUCUCCUGAACUUAGCACUAAUAACGGUUAUACAAAAGCAUAUAAACCAAGAAAUAUUUACCAAAGAUGGGCCAAUAAGGCCACUAUGUGUCGAGUAUGCUUAACACAGAGCCCCACUAUGUUUGACCUCUCAAACGAAAUUGAUGACGCUGAUGACAACUCUCAGAAGAUGCCUAUAAUUCAAGUUCUUCAAAUAGUCACGUCCACCACAAUUAAUCUUCACCCAAAACUUCCACAGUGCAUCUGUCCUGUUUGUAUGAGCAUGCUAAAAAUGGCAUAUAGAUUCAUUGUUCAGUUUAAAGAUUCACAGACAAAGUUAAAAAACGAAAUGAACAUUGAGCCUAUUGACAAUCAAAUGACUGUCGAAAUACAACCAGAACAUUCUAACAGAAACUCAAAAAACGGGGAAGUUGAAGUAAUAGUUGAUGAAAACAGGUAUGAUUUGAAUGAUAUUGUAUAUGUUGAAGAAGAUGACGAAACAGGUGAAGAUAAAUAUGACGUUUUUUUGAGUAAGCUCGGUAAAGAGAUUACUGCUACAUUCGCCAGCGAAAAACGUGACGACGCAAAACAGCAAAAUGAUACGAGCGCGAUAACGAUAUUAAUGAAGGAAAAAGACAGUCUAGUACCUGUACGGGAACUCGAAAUAGAUGAUGCCGCAGAAGUUAUAAGGGUCGAACUUGAAUCAGAUGACUGCAGUUUAAAAGAUAAUACUAGUAUGGAACACUACGUUAGUGACUCUGAAGGGCCACCUCUAGAACUACGACGGCAAUCACAAAAAGAUGAUCGUACUACAGUAAAGGAAUCGUCACGUGACCACAUAUAUAGUGAGGCAAUACGUGAGUUUAACAGUGAAGAGGAAAAAAUGAUUGAAUCGUUCAUCAUACACGACCCUGAAACAACCAUUGUGAGACGACGAAAACGACGUAUCAGAAGGCCACAGUUGCACAAGAGCCAAGUUCGCAGCAAUCAGGAGAAGGUGUUUGAAUGUAAACGUUGUGGGGCUCAGUUUGCUACUAGAUCAGCCUUCAAAACCCAUACAAUUAAACAUGAUGGCAAAACGUUUUCAUGUGAAACAUGUGGCCGGUCAUAUUAUACAAAACACAAUUUAAAAGAUCACAUGUAUGUACAUACAGGUGGGAGAGUAUACUUGUGUAAUGUGUGUGGUAAAGAGUUCAGCUAUAGCACAGGUCUAGCAUACCACAUGCGCUUACAUACAGGUGAGAAGAGGUACCAGUGUGCAUAUUGUGCUAAAUUGUUUAGAAUGUCAAGUGCCCUGAAACGCCAUGAACGGACUCAUACUGGUGAGAAACCCUUCCAGUGUAAAUUCUGCUCUAGACAGUUCUCCUCAAAAAGUGAAGUAAGCAGCCAUGAACAUGUCCAUACAGGAUUUAAACCAUAUCGGUGCAAGUUCUGCAAGAAAGGCUUCAUAAAAACCCACAAUCUGAAGUUGCACCUUCUUCAGCAUUGUGGACCCCACAAUUGUGAUAUUUGCGAUAGGACCUUCAUAGAGGAAGCCAUACUGAGAAUGCACUAUAAAGUAUCUCAUGCAAAUCUAGUGCCGGAUGUAGAUUUAAGUGGUUGGAAACUUUCAGAUUACUUUGAAAAAGCGAAAGGACAGGUUUGUGCGACUAUUACAUGGUUUGUGUUUAAAGUAUCCGAAAAUCAAAUAACAGUCGGGCUUUGCACUAGAAUAGAUAUAUAUGUAUCGCUGCUAUACUGCCGAAUAAUUAAAAGCACAUAUGGUAAAAAGAAAAUAUUACUGACGUUUCAACAGCUUACACGAUAUCACUCUGGCCAAAUUAUACUAGCACACAUGUUGAAUAAACUGCUAGUUUUACCUGCCUCACUAGUCUUUUUCACAGUACUACUGAAAAUUAAGAUAACAGUGACAUUUAUUAGCCAGAAUGUAAAUCGAUCAACGAGUCAAACACAAGAUAAUCUAUAGAAGUCAUAGCAGUCUAUAGCCAGUAUUUCGUGAAUUAAACAUGAUUCUCCAAAACACUGCAAACAAUAUCGCACCAUAACGACUGACAUUUUUUUCAGAGGUACUCAGAAAAAGACACAAGUGUAGGCGAGCUCCUCUCCAUGUAUGUAUAGAUGAAGAUAUUGCUCAAGAGUACAACUUGCAAAAAAUCUGGCGUGACUAUAAAUAUUGCUCGAGAGUUCAGUGUGUUCUAUUUUGUAAAAAUAAAUGCAAAGGAAAAAUAUA